AUGAAGAACACAUGGUGGCUUUGUGUCUGUGGACUGCUUACUGCAAUUUUACUUCCCGUUAGCUGGCAAAUGGUCCUGAAAGAUUCCACUAAUGAGUCAAGGUGGAAAUCUUAUGCAACAGAAAGUGCCCAGAGCUUUUCCUCCAACGUCAAGCGACAUUCUGAAGGUACUUUCACCAGUGACUUUACUCGGUAUCUGGACAAGAUGAAAGCCAAAGAUUUUGUUCACUGGCUCAUAAAUACCAAACGCUACAGCUCUACAAAAAGAUUCAUUAAAGAAAAACCCAACAUCGUAAGAUUCCUGCCUGGCUUGUUCUG